UUAAAUAAAGUGGCGCCUCCAUAUCCAGCGAAAUCUGCCGCCCACCGCCGCGCCUCACCAGCCGCACUCGCCGCCCUGCCUGUCUCGCCGCCUGGCCGCCCACCUGCCUUGCUGCUCCACCGAAAUAAUCCUUAUAAGUUGAAAUCAAAUUUCGAAUUUAGGGCUUAACCCUAAAAACCCAAAUCAGGUGCGACGGUGAAAAAUGGCUGAGUCGUCGGAGGGGGAGGAGGAAGGGAAGCUGACCGGAGGAAACCCGCAGCUGGUGGUGGACGACGACCUUCGCGAUAUGGCCAAGAAGGCAGCUUGGAGCGUCAGCUCCUGCAAGCCCGGAAACGGCGUCACUUCCCUCCGCGACGACAAUCUCGACACCUACUGGCAGUCGGAUGGUGCACAACCUCAUCUUGUUAACAUCCAGUUCCAAAAGAAAGUUAAGCUUCAAUUAGUUGUUCUGUAUGUCGAUUUCAAGCUUGAUGAGAGCUACACUCCUAGCAAGAUCUCGAUUCGAGCUGGUGAUGGUUUUCACAACUUGAAGGAGAUAAAAACAGUGGAGCUUGUUAAACCAACUGGUUGGGUGUAUAUAUCAUUGUCUGGGACUGAUCCGAGGGAAACUUUUGUGAAUACCUUCAUGUUGCAAAUUGCUGUUUUGUCAAAUCAUUUGAAUGGAAGGGAUACCCACCUGCGCCAAAUCAAAGUUUAUGGACCUCGACCGAAUCCCAUCCCCCACCAACCUUUUCACUUCACUUCGACUGAGUUCAUUACUUACUCAAUUCUGCGAUGAAGUGGAUUUGCCUUGGCUCAGAUUAGAGAAUUACAAAAGGCUCCAAUGGUUUUUGUAGUAAUACGGCAGUACUGACCACAUAAUUUUUGGUGGUCUUUGCUUUCAGAAACCUUACCAUCUUGUGGUUGUGAUAUGGUGUAAUAUCUUUGUAACUACCUAUUGUUUAGCCAAAUGUACGGAUAUGAUUGACAACUAUUUAGUGCUAUACAUUAGCAAGCUUUUCUUGA